CCAUUUUCCCAUUUUAAUUUCUUGAACCCUGUUUUUUAAUCUCAUUUCAUUUCACAGACGAAACUAAACCCCAAUUCUGUAACCCUCUGAAAUCAAUUCAUCUUCCAGCAAAAAUGGGCGUUGCAUCCCGUACCAGAUCCAAAUUAAAGGAAAAAGAAGAAGCAAGAUUAAAGCAAGAAGAAGAUCAAUCAACAUCUCUGUUGUUAAAUCUUCCCGCAGAGUUUCACGACGAGAUCUAUCUGAGGUUACCAGGGGAAUCCAUCUUAUCGUUGAGGUGUGUCUGCAAAUUUCUAUUAAGAAUACUCUCUGAACCUAUUUUCAUCAAGAAUCAUGUUAAUCUUUCUAUUCAGACCAAGAACAGAAACCCUAAACUCUUGUUUAGUCAAUCUUCCCGUGAUAAUCCCCCUGUGAUUUACUCUAUACCUAUAGAUUAUGCUUCAAUUUCAUCGUCAUCUUUAUCAAAUAUUGUAUGUGAUGGAGCAGUUCUGAUGAAUUACCCAUUUGAAUCUGAGAAAACACAUUAUCACCAAUACUUGUGGUCAUGUAAUGGUUUAAUUUGCUUAAAGAUUUCUAGGAUUGAUACAGUUGAUUAUGAUAUGGGACAUAUGGCCACUAAUUAUUUUAGUGUUUUGAACCCAUUCACAAGACAAUUUAAGGAAUUUACUAUGCAAACAGUGAAUACAUUUUGUUACGGCAUAGCUUAUGGAUUUGGUUAUGAUAGAAUCAUUGAUGAUUACAAGCUAGUUGCAAUAUCGGAUAAUGAUGUACCAACUGGUUGCUCCAAUAUCGAAGUUUAUACAGUGAGAUCGAAUUUACGGGCUAGUGUCCAGGGCAACGUCAAAUACUCAAUUUAUAGUGGUAAAAGAUCUCGUGCUGUGUUUUUCAAUGGUGGUCUUCAUUGGUUGGGAUGUAUUCGCACUCCCUGUGGAAAAACCUCUCCAGAAACUAUAUUGUGUUUUGAUAUUAGCAAUGGGAUAAUGGCGAGUAUCCCAUUACCUGAAAAUGUUACGCCCCCUGCAGAUUUUUUGGGAGAAGUAUAUAAAAAUUUGGGAGUGUGGGGAGACAGCAUUUGUGUAGCUUUUGUUUAUAACCGUGUGAGACUUGAUGUGUGGGUGAUGCUGGAGUAUGGAGUAAAGGAGUCUUGGAUGAAUUUAUUUACCACAACCCAACUACCGCUCUCAAACCGAAUGCCAUUUUGGAAGCCGCUAUUGUGUUUUGACAAGGAGAAAUUUCUCGUGGAUUAUGGUUUCCAUCUUUUAGUUUUACUUGAUACAACAAAUGAACAAGUUAAAUCAGUGGUGGUCCGUGAUAUCACUAUGGGCGAUAAUCGAGAGAGUUAUGUGGAGACCAUAGCCUCACUUGGCUCGAGUACUUAUCUGGAAAAGGUAGAUUACAAAUGAGACCGUGAAGGAACCCAAGCGAGGACUAUUGAGAUGGAACAGAUACUGUCGAAGAAGGCUCCAAGGUCUCGUCAUUUAGAAGAAUCAUCACAACAAUAUAAUCAUUGCUUUCGAGUACUUUGACAAUAUAAGUUCACAGUUGUAUUUUACAGUUUCCAGAAGAUACCGCCAAGUUGCGCCAACUGAAGCUGCAAAAUCACUGAGAUGUUUAAAACAUACUCUUUUUUACUCUGAUUGCUGUUUGCAAUUGCAGAUACUCUAAUUGCUUUUUUACUCUUUGUUUUUCCCCGUAUCUGGAUUUUUUUUUUUUAUUGUGUGCAAAUUUACCUUGGUUAGGCACACGUAUUACUGUUAACCACACGAAUUACUGUCAUUAGGCAUAAUAUAAUGAUCAAUUUAAAAGCUGUCUAA